AUGUACAAGCAGUCUAUUCCACCGGAGGAGGGUGAGCUUGACAUUGAGAGGUAUAUGGACACUGUUGUGCGGAAGAACCUUGUUGCGCUGGACAAUAGCGCAACAUAUCAAGAUCAAAGAGCUGUCAUGACGGUCAAGAAGAGGGCGAGCGACCAGACGUCAGACUACUUGGCCGCGGUCGGUGAUAGGGCUGAUAUUUGCGAAAGAAUUGCUGAGACAUUCAACCGCGUGCAGGAGUUCCAGAUCAAGGUCGAACGACAUAUGACUUUGUACUCUGAAAGCCCUGAAAUGAGAUUUUGUGCAACCGAAACCUACAUCAGCUUCCUCGCUAUGAUUCAGUCAAUGAUCAGCACAUUAGUCGAUAUACCAACUCACAAGAAAAUCAAGGAUUCACUCCUCAAACACCGGAAACGUUCAUCAUCCUACGCAGGCUUGGAUGAGAACGAAGAAGAAUUCUAUCGUCAGAUCCAAUGUCUCGAUGAUGUCGCCGAACACCUGCACAAGGAAACAUUAGUCGGGGUGAAAGAAGGAAUGAGAAGUGUAGACUCAGGGCUUCAACGGACUCGCAGAAUGAUUGUUGGAAUGUUCCGCCAAAACGAAGAUAGCCUGAAGACAGUUGUCAGGGGCAUACAGGACUCUGAAGGGAAGAUCAUCAAUGCUGUUGACGCCCGAGGUGUUGUACUUUUUGACAGCCUGAAAGACUUCAUCACACAGCACGUUAAGGUAAUCAUAUAUCAGAGCUCGGAGGGCCAGCAAGCGCAAAAAAAGACGUCAACCACAGGGAGCUGGGUCCGCGGUCGUCUCCUUAAAGCCUUGGGGGCUGAUUUGAUGCCACCAGAGCAAGAAGAUAACAGUGCCAAGAAAAUGGUAGUGAUCCUUGAGAAGCCCUUUCACAGCAGGGUCCAUGCACUUCUGCGGUCUGAUCGCUUCAAAGACUUCCUGUCCUCUCGCGAGUCCGCCUUUUUGCCCAUAGUUUCCCCAUGGGAAGACUAUGCCACUGAGUCUUUCACACCCAUGAGCAUCAUUUCCAGGGCACUCACAGAGUGUGUGGCUCCUCUUACCGAUAAGCGCGUGAUCAGCUUCUACUGUGGCUUCCACACCUCUCGCGAUGACGGAUUUUUUGGGCCGAUCGGACUCAUGAAAAGUCUGACUAUUCAACUUCUCCGCUCAGACCUAUUCGGAAGUUUUGAUUUCAACUCGGUCAACGAACCCGCCUUCAGAGAACGCCUUGAAGCUGGAGAUGUUCAUCACCUCUGUGAGCUCUUCAAGGCACUGGUGAACAAAAUUCCAGAGCAGAGCAUUCUCUUCUGUGUCAUUGAUGGCUUGUCGCUGUUUCAGGCUAUCGAGCCUGAGCUUACUAGCUUCACCAUAUCCGCUUUGGAGAAUACGGUGCAAACUAUGGGAUGGCAUGCAGCGUUCAAGGUCUUGACUACGACAUGUGGUCUGGAACAAAUGUCGAGCUUUCAGCCGCUUUACCUGUCCGAGGAGGUGUAUGAAUCGGAUGACGGAGGUGAUCUGGAAGGGGUGGCUGAUCCAGAGUUUGAUUUGAUGGGAGAACAAGGGCAGUUGACCGCCUACAAAAACGCUACAGGAACCUUCAUUCUCCCUGAAGGAUACGAAUGA